AUGGCAUGGAGAGGACAUAUUUCAAAGAACAUAAAAGAGCUUUGGUUUUUGAUGUGUCAGACAUCACCUGCAAGCUCUUCUACAAUGGAAUUUGUUGAAAAGAAUUACAGCGAGCUAAAGACGUUGAACCCAAAAUUGCCAAUAUUGAUCCGUGAGUGCAGUGGAGUUGAACCCCAAUUAUGGGCAAGGUAUGAUAUCACACUAUCAUCUCUCUUAAUACCGCUUCAAAGACUUUUUUUUCAUUAUCAAAGAAACCCUCAAAUCUUUCAAAUGACUCUCAAUAGGUUGAUGUUUUUAGAAGUCAAGUCCAUGCUUUAA